AUGCCGUCAGCGGCGGCGGCGGCGGCGCCGGCCGGCGCCUCCAGCCCGUCCGUCUCCUCCACCACGCUGGAGCAGCUGCGCGAGUUCGAGAGCGUCCUGGAGGCGGUAUCGACCCGCGCGGAGGCCACAGGCUCCGGCCACGAGGCCGCCCUGGAGCUGGAGACGCUGGUCGCCUCGGACCUGCUGGGCAUCACACCCGAGUCGUCGCCGGCGCCGGCCUCCUCGUCUGGCGGCUCUCAGUUCGUGUACCCGCCGGCGGUGCCCGAGCCCGGGCCGCCCGACGACGAGAGCAGCCGCGGCAGCAGCAGCUCCAGCUACCUGGUGGGCCAGCCGGCGGCGGCCGCCGCCCCGCUGGUGACGCCCUCCUACACCCCGGACGCGUCGCCGUCACUGCCGUCCGUGGCGUCUACCUCCUCGGGAGUCAGCGGGUCACCGCUGGUCAGCAAACCCAAGCCAAAGCCGCUGCCGCAGAAGCUGAAGACGGCCGUGACGGCGCAGAAGCCGAAGCCGUUGGUGACGCCGACCCUGGUGAAGCCGUCGCCGGUGAAACAGGAGCUGGAAGACGACCAGACGCGCCAGCGGAUCGCGGCUAUUCUGCAGCAGUACCAACAGGACCUGGCCUGUAACCCGACGCCUACCCCGGCCCCGCGUAAUCGCAAAAACCCACCCGUGUACACAUCACGGGGCGGAGGCGAGGGAACCAGCAAGAGCAAGAAGAAGUCGCCCAACAAGAAAGUGGAGACGGUGGUGGGCAGCAGCUCAUCCUCGCUCACCGUCGAGGACGACCCGCCGGCGAAGGCUUCCACCAGCCCGAAGCCGAGCAGUUCCCAGACGGCUGACGAGUUCGCUGACCAGAACAGUACCGAGACGGGUCUGCUGGCAGACGUCAGCGCCAGCGCGGCGGUGUCAGCGGCGGCGGCCGUCACCGAGUCUCCGGUGGCCGCUCCGCCGACUCCGCAGCCGGCGGCGUCCCCGCUGGUCUCCCUGCCGCAGAACUACCGUACCGUGCGCGUGGUGCGGCUGGUGACAUCCGCCGGCCACCCGCACCUCCUGCAGACCCUGUCGCCGCCGGCCGCGCUGCUGCCGCCCUUCCACACGCUGUCAGCGGCCGAGACGGCCACGGGCGCGGCGGCGGCCGGCCUGGCCGGCUGGCAGACCAUCUCGGCGCCGCACACGGCCGUGGUGACGGCGGCGGUGGCAGCGCAGAGCCAGCAGACGGCCGCCGUCAAGCAGGAGGCCCAGGAGUCGGCGGGCACCCCGCAGCAGCAGCAGCAGCCGGUGCAGCAGGUGCAGCUGCAGAUCCAGCAGCCGCUGGCCGUCCAGCAGUCCCCGCAACAGGAGCAGCAGCUCUCCCAGCCCACCCACCAGGAGGAGGAGGAGAAGGAGCGUAAACUGACAGAGGACGAACAGCAGAUGCUGGUCAACGUCAACGUCAAACUCUCCGACCGCGAGGAGGCGUCCGAGUCCCAGCAGAGCGAAAACAGCAACGAGGACGUGCGUAUACCGCAGGCCUCGUUUUUCACGGAGCAGCUGCAGUCGUGUCUGUCAACUGGCGAGGAGCUGUCCCCUCAGCAGCAGCAGCAACAGCAGCAGCAGGAGGAGCAGCAAGACGACGAGCAGCAGCCGCAAGACGAAGACGAUCCGGGCGAGGCGGGCACCAACGGCGACGACCGGCUGCUCGACUGCUGCCGGCCGUCGCACGACCCGGACGGCGGCGGCUCGGCGGGUUCGGAAGGAUCCGGGCCGCCCACCCCGUUGCUCAGCCAGUCCUCUGUACACGUCAUCACGGGCGUGCUGUCGUCAGGCGGCGGCGGUGCGGCGGCCGAGCUGCGCGCGUACCCGCCGCUGCCGCAGGGCCCGGCCGCCACCAGCGAGACGCUGGACGACGCGCCGCCCGGCAGCCUGGUGUACGGCGCCGCGCCGCCGCCCGACGCCGACGGCUUCUGGGCCGAGCUGGAGGAGGAGCCCGAGCUGCCCGAGCUGCCGCUGGAGCCGCGCGCCGCCGGCGGGGGCGCCGAGCUGGCCGUGGAGACCGCCUGGAGGCCCGGCCCGCUGGGCGCCUCCUCAAAGAGACUGCUGGCCAGCGGACCGCUGAGGACCAUCAGUAACCGCCAGCAGCUGCUCACCACCAAAGUGGGUGCCGUGCUAAACGUGGCCGCGCCGCCGCGUAAGCAGGCGCCACGCCGCGUCCGCCGCCGGCCGGCCGAGCGGGCCAAGGCCGCCAAACAGACGAGCAUGACGGCCAUCCGCGAGCGGACACCAUCGGGCCCCGGCUCUGGUCACGAGAGUGAGACUGAGAACGUGGAGCGCCGGAUGGAGGCGGCCGCCGGAGACGGGCUGCUACUGCAGGCGGCCGUGGAGCUGGAUCCACUGGCUAUUACAGUCGCGCCACUGCCGGCAGCCAGACUGCCGGCCCCGGCCGCCGAGCGGCAGCUGAAUACCUACGCCAAGAAGGACAAGAAGAAACUCAAACAGGUCACCAAAGUGGAAGCCAAGGAGAGUGCUCCUCCAAAGUCAAGCAAGGGCGUCCCGGCGGCAGCGGCUGCCAUGGCUGCGGUGGCCCCCGCCGCGCGGCCACCCUCAGGAGCCACCGGAGCCGCCCAGCCGCCGGCCACAGGAGCCGAGACGAAGGCGAGCGUGCCGGUGGUCACCGCAGUGAAGCUGAACAUGCCGUGGACGCCGCCCGGCUCUCCGGGCCGCCUGGUGACCGACCUGGCGUCACUGACCAACCCGGACUCGCCCCGUGUCUUCCUGAGCCGUCUGCGAGAUGACGUGAUCACGCCGCCGCCGCCGACCUCGCCCGCGGCGCGCCGGCUCGGCUGGAGCCCCUCGCGGCCGGCGGCCGAGCCCGUCUCGCCGGCAGAGUCGCCGCGCGUCUUCCUGAGUCGCCUGCGCGCCGAGGACGCGGCGGCGCCGGCCAGUCCCGGCGGCAGGCCGACCGCCGGCCGGGAGGCCGCAUCGCCGCCCUCUCCCGCGCGCGCCAAGUCGAGCCAGGCGUCGCAGCCGGUCCGGGCCGGCCCGUGGCAGGUGGCGGUCGGUGGCGGCCUGGGCCUCACCUCUGAGACUGCUGUGGGUGGACCCGAGUCGCCGCCGGGCCGGCGGGCGUCCCAGAGACUCUCCGCCGAGCACGACACAGAGGACGGAGAGAAGCUGCGCGAGAGACGCGCGUCACAACGCCUACCUACUUCAACUGAGACCAGAACAGCAGAGGACGCGGAGCAGCCGCAGGAGAAGCGGGUGUCUCGGCGGACCGCGACCGAGCUGAGCGCCGCUGAGAGCGGGGACAAGCCCAGGGAGAGCCGGUCCUCUCGGCGGCCGUCCGGCUCGGCCGAGGGCGGCGCUCAGCGGGAGAAGCGCGCCUCUCAGCGUCGGUCCUCCGACCGCAGGGCGGAGACGUCCCCCGGCCGCCGGCCGAGCCAGCGCGCCAGGGAGGCCAGCGGGGACGGCCGGCCGGCGAGCGACGAGCCGACGGCAUCACGGACGGCGGACAGCGACCGCGGCGGACUGACAGCUGUCGUAUCACCGGUCGUAACGCGGCUGGUCGGGCGGCCCAGCAGUCGUGACGGACGGCGCCCGCCGGCGGCGGCCCCGGCCGCCAGGCGGGGGGCACAGCCCAGCGAGCCUGCCCCCGCGGCGGCGGCCGGUCGGGGUGGCAGCCAGCGACGUCCGAGCGGUGGCCGGCCCAGCGCCGCGGCUCGCCUCUGUAACGGCCGUGAGUCUCCUGCGCUGCGGAGCGGCCGCUCGCUGACCCCAGUGCCGGCCGGGCGCGGCAGCAGGACGGCGGACAAAACGGCUGGCUCCAACAAACCGAACACCGCGGCAACUAACCUGGACAAGGAGCAGAAACGAGCUGGGAGCGUGGGACGGACGAGGAAACAGAUCAACGGCUUGGAAAAGACCCAGAAUGGUCCGCGCGAAUCUGAGAAGCUGAAGAAACCACAACUGACUGCGGAUAAACCUGGCAAGAAGUCUGAAAUACCUGACCACCAAGACAAGAUUCAACGGAGGUCCGAGAGACCCAAGAAACGGUUGGAAGGCACCGACAAACUCGAUAAACGUCAGGAUGUUGUAGAUAAAGUUAAAAGUAGUCAAGUGAGCGUAGAAAAACCCGUUACGCGGCAUGACACCACCCUAGAUAAACCCGUUACGCGACGAGGGAGUGUAGAUAAACCUGUUGCACGACAAACGAGCGUAGACAGGUCGAGUUAUCGGCCGGACAAGCUGGACAUGCCUCAUAUACGAUCGGUCAGCUUAGGCAGGAGGACUGGAGGCACCGACAAGCAAUUGAAGCGGUCUUGGAGCUUGGAGAAACGUGACAACCGAUCAGGGAGCUUGGACAAGUCCAACAAGCGACCAAAGAGCCAGGAGAAGCCCGGCGGCCGGCUGGGGUCGCCGGCGGUGACCGGUCGGCAGACGGAGGAGGCCGGCUCGGAGCGGGCCGGGCGGCCGGGGGUCACUCGACGGCCGGCCAGCCGCGCCUCCAGCGCCGCCACCCCGCCCCCGCCGGCGGCAGCGGCCGCCAAGGCGACCGGCGGACAACAGCGUGCCAACGGGACGAUGCGGCGGCGCUCGGCGGCGGCCGCCGCGCCGGGCGCCGGGCCCGCGCGCAAGCGGCCGCGGCCGGGUCGACCGCCGGGCGGUGGCGGCGGCGGGAGGUAGCCUGCCGCCGCGCGGCCGCCCAGACGCUAGAUGUGAUAACGAGAGGGAGUGCCAGGUGUAGUGCGGGUCAGCCCCGCCGGAGCGAACCCUCUGUACGCGAUCUCAGUGUGUUUUAUCUCUGCAUGUGUCGAUGUGGCGCGGCGCCGCGGCCGCCCGCAGUCUGUUCGUCGUUGAUUUGCUCAGGACCCCGGGUGUGGCCGGCCGGCCGGGGCCCGUCUUUCAGGGCGCGCCGGAGGGCCCACUCUCUCACCGGUUUGGUGUGUGCAUGUGCCGUGUAGCUGCAGUCCCCCGUCCCGCCCCUACCCCGCCCCCGUACAGAUGUGCCCGCCGCUCGCUAGUUUGAGCUUUGGGGCGCGCCGGCGCCGGCCGCGCGGCGCCAUCGUUACCAUUGGAGGAGCGGCUGCCCGGCCGCCCUCCGGAGAUUCGACACCGAGGUCUGUUCAGUUCUCACCGGUUGACAUCGUUUUGUAAUGUUUUCAUCCUUCAUUUAUGGAGAGAUUACCUACGUGUGGCAUCGUGUAUUAUAAUUCAUGUAUCUGUUCGUGUGAUACAUUUCUAUGUGAUUUUGUGCUUUGAAUGUCGGCACAUAACUUUGGUAAUAAACCUACGCUCCGCAGUAGUA